AGGGCCGAGCGCGGGGCGCUCCCGCCCUCAGCGCGCCCCUCCCGCGCUCUCGCGAGAUCUCGCCCCCUCGGCGCCGGCGCGGCCGCGGCCCGACGGGAUCUUUCGAGAAUUGCCGGUGCCGCGCUCCCCCUCAGCGCCGCCGCCAUGUCCGUGGUGGGCAUCGACCUGGGCUUCCAGAGCUGCUACGUGGCCGUGGCCCGCGCCGGCGGCAUCGAGACUGUCGCCAACGAGUACAGCGAUCGCAGCACGCCAGCCUGUAUAUCCUUUGGGCCCAAGAACCGUUCCAUUGGUGCUGCAGCUAAGAGCCAGGUUAUUUCAAAUGCAAAGAAUACAGUACAAAGUUUUAAAAGAUUUCAUGGUCGUGCAUUCUCAGAUCCCUUUGUUCAAGCUGAAAAAGCAAGCCUUGCCUAUGAACUUGUCCAGCUGCCAACAGGCUCAACUGGCAUCAAGGCCAUGUAUAUGGAAGAAGAAAGAAACUUUACAAUUGAACAGGUGACAGGAAUGCUUCUGACCAAAUUAAAGGAGACCGCUGAGAAUGCGCUUAAGAAGCCUGUGGUUGAUUGUGUUGUUUCUGUUCCUUCUUUCUACACAGAUGCAGAAAGGAGAUCUGUGAUGGAUGCUACCCAGAUUGCUGGUCUCAACUGUCUGAAACUAAUCAAUGAAACAACUGCAGUUGCCCUUGCAUAUGGGAUCUAUAAGCAAGACCUGCCUGCCUUCGAAGAAAAGCCACGGAACGUUGUUUUUGUGGACAUGGGGCAUUCUGCAUAUCAAGUUUCUGUUUGUGCAUUCAACAAAGGCAAACUGAAAGUUCUUGCUACAGCCUUCGAUACAACCCUUGGAGGCAGGAAGUUUGAUGAGGUGUUGGUGGAAUACUUUUGUGAGGAGUUUGGGAAGAAAUACAAACUUGACAUAAAGUCCAAGAUCCGAGCACUGCUGAGGCUGUACCAGGAGUGUGAGAGGCUGAAGAAGCUGAUGAGUGCCAAUGCCUCUGACCUGCCCAUGAACAUAGAGUGCUUCAUGAAUGACAUAGAUGUGUCAGGAACCAUGAACAGAAGCAAAUUUUUAGAGAUGUGUGAAGGACUGCUGGCAAGAGUGGAGCCUCCUCUUCGCAGCGUGCUGGACCAAGCCAGGUUGAGGAAAGAAGAUAUUUAUGCAGUAGAGAUAGUUGGUGGUACCACAAGAAUCCCUGCCGUAAAAGAGAAGAUCAGUAAAUUUUUUGGCAAAGAAGUCAGCACGACCCUGAAUGCAGAUGAGGCUGUGGCACGAGGCUGUGCACUGCAGUGUGCAAUUUUGUCCCCGGCUUUCAAAGUGAGAGAGUUUUCUAUCACAGAUUUGAUACCAUAUCCCAUCUCCUUGCGAUGGAACUCGCCAGCAGAGGAAGGCCUGAGUGACUGUGAGGUGUUCCCCAAGAACCACCCUGCUCCCUUUUCCAAGGUCCUCACUUUCUACAGGAAGGAGCCCUUCACUCUGGAGGCCUACUACAGUUCCCCCAAGGAGCUGCCUUACCCAGACCCUGCUAUAGCUCACUUCUUGGUUCAGAAGGUCACUCCUCAAACAGAUGGAUCCAGUUCCAAAGUGAAAGUCAAAGUCAGAGUAAAUAUCCAUGGCAUCUUCAGUGUGUCAAGUGCAUCUCUGGUGGAGGUUCAUAAAUCUGAUGAGAACGAGGAGCCGAUGGAGACGGAUCAGCACGCGAAGGAGGAGGAGAAGAUGCAAGUAGACGAGGAGCAACAAAAGGCUGAAGAGCAACAGCAAACCCAGCCUGAAAAUAAGGCAGAAUCUGAAGAAAUGGAGACUUGUCAGGCUGACUCAAAGGACAAGAAAGUGGAUCAGCCACCUCAGGCCAAGAAGGCCAAAGUGAAGACAACCACCGUGGACCUUCCCAUCGAGAACCAGCUGGUGUGGCAGAUAGGGAAGGACAUGCUCAACUUGUUCAUUGAGAACGAGGGAAAGAUGAUAAUGCAGGAUAAGCUGGAGAAGGAGAGGAAUGAUGCCAAGAAUGCAGUGGAGGAGUACGUGUACGAAAUGAGAGACAAGCUCUGUGGUGUUUAUGAGAAAUUCGUCAGUGAGGAUGAUCGCAACAGUUUCACACUGAAGCUGGAAGAUACAGAGAUUUGGCUUUAUGAAGAUGGUGAAGACCAGCCCAAACAAAUAUACAUUGAUAAAUUGGCAGAACUGAAAGCUCUGGGUCAGCCUAUUCAGGUGAGAUUCCAAGAAUCAGAGGAAAGACCAAAAGCAUUUGAGGACUUGGGGAAGCAAAUCCAGCAAUACAUGAAAGCUGUUCAUGGAUUCAAAGCAAAGGAUGAACUGUAUGAACAUCUUGAUGAAGCAGAUGUGGCAAAGGUGGAGAAGAGCACCAAUGAAGCCAUGGAGUGGAUGAACAACAACCUCAACCUUCAGAACAAGAGGAGUCUUACUUUGGACCCAGUUAUAAAAGCAAAAGACAUACAGGCUAAAGCAAAAGAAUUGGCAGGUAUCUGUAACCCCAUAGUGAACAAACCCAAACCCAAGGUGGAGCUGCCCAAGGAGGAGCAGAAGGCCACGGAAGCCAACGGACCAUUGGACGGGCAGGGAGACGGCAGCGGGAGCCAGCCCCCCGAGCAGGGCUCUGCCCCCACAGCCACCGACAAGAAGCUUCCAGAGAUGGACAUUGACUGAAUUUCAGCACUUGUUUAUAUUAUUGCAGAUUACAAUAAAGCUUUAAGUUGUCAA